UUAGUGGGCAGUCCGAAACGUUGUCCCGGUUUUAGAGAGAGAGAGAGAGAGAGUUUAGAGAGAGAUGAGACGAAACACUCCCACAGUGAGAGUUGAACGCUUGUUGAGAAGAGAGGGAACAUUUAAGGAUUUAGCUGCUGGCUAAACAUUAUUCGUCUAUCUCUCUAGAAGGUUUAGUAUUCAUUUCAGUCACUAGAAGGUUCAGAGAGAGAAUAAAUCAUCAAAAAUUUUGUCAAAAAAAGGUUCAGAGAGAGAUGGUUCCUAGGGGACCUCUUUUCAGAUCCUCUGCAACCCCAUCAAUCUUUUGUUGUUUGUCUAAGUUGGUUUCAAGGCCUUUCUCUCUCACCGGCUGCUUUGCCCUUACUCUCUACGUUUCCCUUCUCUUUAUCUUCUUUCUCUUUUACCCUCUGCAUAGGAACUUCCCAGAUGAUUUAGAGAGAGAAGAAACCUUGUUCAUGGAGGAAACUCAACAGGUGAUAGAAGAGAGAUUAUGGAGGCCUUCGUUAAGCCGUGGUUUCCGUCCUUGCACCAAACCAACCAGUAGAUAUGAAGGUCCCAAAUAUUGGAACCGGUAUUUAACUGUGAGAAGUAACGGAGGGCUCAAUCAAAUGCGUGCUGGGGAUAAAGAAUGUGAUUUUGUUUGAAACCUUGAAGUUUAGAAGAAGUAUAUUCAUCGCAGAUAUGUGAUAUGGUUGCCGUGGCACGUAUUCUGAAUGCCACUCUGGUCAUUCCUCAGCUAGAUAAGCGGUCAUUUUGGCGAGACUCAAGUACCUUUUCAGAUAUUUUUGAUGAGGAUCAUUUCAUAGCAACCCUGCAAGGUGAUGUACCUAUAAUAAAGGAGCUUCCCAAGGAACUGGAUUCUGUUGCUAGGGCUCGUAAGCACUUCACUUCUUGGUCUGGCAUGAAGUAUUAUUUGGAGAUUGCAGAACUAUGGAAAGAUUACCAGGUAAUUCAUGUUCCCAAAUCUGAUUCUCGACUUUCAAACAAUGACCUUCCUAUUGAUAUUCAGAGGCUACGGUGCCGUGCAUUCUAUUAUGCUCUUCGUUUUUCCCCUCCAAUCGAGCAGCUCGGAAAGAAGCUGGUGGGACGGUUGAAGUCACAUGGGCGAUAUAUUUCUCUUCACCUCCGAUAUGAAAAGGAUAUGUUGUCCUUCACUGGGUGCACAUAUGGCCUGAGUGAUGAAGAGGCUGAAGAGUUAAAGAUAAUGAGAGAAAACACUAACCACUGGAAGACUAAGAAGAUUAAUGCAACAGAACAACGGAUUGGAGGUUAUUGCCCGCUUACUCCCAAAGAGAUGGGGAUCUUUCUGAAAGCAUUAGGACACCCUCCUUCUACAUGGAUCUAUAUUGCGGCUGGUGAAAUAUAUGGAGGUGAUGCUCACCUCUCAGAGCUCAGAUCCUACUUCCCAAAUUUGGUUUUCAAGGAGACGGUGGCUACUUCUGAGGAAUUGGAGCCAUUUGCUAAACAUGCAUCUCAGACGGCAGCUCUAGACUACAUCAUAUCAGUUGAGAGCGAUGUUUUUGUUCCUUCUUACUCUGGAAACAUGGCGAGAGCUCUGGAGGGGCAUCGUAGAUUCUUGGGCCACCGCAAGACCUUCAGUCCAGACAGGAAAGGACUCGUCGAAGUCUUUGAUAAGAUGGAAAGAGGAAAGUUGAAGGAGGGGCAGAAGUUAUCAUCACGCAUAACUGAGAUGCAUAAGUUCAGGCAAGGUGCUCCAAGGAAAAGACUAGGAGCACUCCCUGGAGUCAAAGGCCGAGGCCGGUUCCGAACAGAGGAGUCAUUCUAUGAGAAUCCAUUUCCUGAAUGCAUCUGUAGUAGUAGAAAUUUGACCAACUAACUUGAACUUUUGAUCCAUUUCUAUUACUGUUAAAAGGCUUUAUUUUUUUCUCCUUGACCAAAAAGGACCAGGUUAGUCGCAAUUUUGUUAAUAUGAAAUUCUGUUUGCAAUUUUUCGUUUUCUGCUUAAAUUUGAAAUAUAGGGUAGAAAAUUGCAAAAGGUUGGUUAGUUGAUGUUGUGAUACCAGAAACAAGUUUGUGCAUAAUAUAAAAUAGUUGAUAUCUAAGAAGUCCUUUGGUAAUUUAUGAAAGUUCGGGGGCAGUUUCGAC